AAUUAUUUUCUCACACCUCACUCUAGACCUGCGCUCUGUUCAUUUUAAUGCCACUCUCCCAGUUUACUGGGAUUUGCAAACCAACCAAAAACUAGAAACACAAAAACACAGUAACAUUGCGAUUUUGCUAAUUUUUUCUCUAGUUUUUGGUUUUCUGAAAACUGUUUGCUACAAAACUUUAUCUCAACUGUUGGUCCUCAAGAGUCAAGACCAUUUCAGUUCUUGUUGCCCACCUUGGAAGGCCAUAAGCUCUGUUUCUGAGGUCAAAAUGCUCAAGCUUUUGAAGCAGAAGUUCAUCGUGCAUGGGAGUUAAGUAGUAUUGGAUAUUGAGAGUGCAGCAUGUGAAAAAUUUGCUGGUGAUGUAUUGAUUUAGAAGGUAGUGACUUGUUCAUUGAGAUGACCACCCUAUCACUAAUUUCUGGAAAUUGUGGAGGAAGAAACGGAGGUGAAGAUCAUGGAUCAGAAUUACUCCAUCGAUUUUCAGGAAAGGACCUUUUUGCUAGUGACUUACUUAGAAGUUCAUUUAGAAGGGGAGAUGGAAUCUGGUCCAAGGAUUUGGAAGGACAUAGGAUUAGAAACAGGAACAAGUUUCGUGUUACUGCGAAAAUUAAAAAGGGGAAGCAGUAUGAUUACCCAUGGCCUCAUGAUAUUGAUCCAAACAUCAGCAGUGGUCACUUGAGUUACCUGUCUCAUUUCAAGCCUCUGACUGAGAAGCCAAAGCAAGUUACCCUACCAUUUGAGAAACCACUUGUUGAUCUUGAGAAAAAGAUUACUGAGAUACGUAGAAUGGCUGAUGAAACUGGUCUGGAUUUCAGUGAUCAAAUUGCUGCAUUGGAGAACAAGUAUCAACAGGCCCUGAAAGAUUUAUACAAGCAUUUGACACCAAUCCAACGGCUAUCUAUCGCUCGACAUCCCAACAGACCAACAGUUCUUGAUCAUAUUUUGAAUAUUACAGAGAAGUGGGUGGAACUCCAUGGAGACCGUGCUGGCUAUGAUGAUCCAGCUAUUGUGACUGGUAUUGGGAGCAUGGAUGAAAAGUCCUACAUGUUCAUAGGUCAUCAGAAAGGUAGGAACACGAAGGAAAACAUUGCUCGCAACUUUGCAAUGCCAACUCCACAUGGCUAUCGGAAGGCUCUGCGAAUGAUGAAAUAUGCCGAUCAUCAUGGAUUUCCCAUUAUUACAUUUGUUGACACUCCUGGGGCCUUUGCUGAUCUAAAAUCUGAGGAACUUGGUCAAGGGGAAGCAAUAGCACAUAAUUUGAGGACUAUGUUUGGUCUGAAAGUGCCCGUUGUAACAGUUGUAACCGGAGAAGGCGGUUCAGGUGGAGCUCUAGCCAUUGCUUGUUCCAAUAAACUGUUUAUGCUGGAGAACUCUGCUUUCUAUGUUGCAAGUCCUGAAGCAUGUGCUGCAAUAUUGUGGAAAUCUUCCCAAGCAGCUCCUAAGGCAGCUGAAAAACUAAGGAUAACAGCUCAAGAGCAUUACCGACUGAAGAUCGCUGAUGGGGUCAUUCCUGAGCCUCUUGGUGGCGCACAUGUUGAUCCUGCUUGGACUUCCCAACAAAUUAAGAUCACAAUUACACAGGCAAUAAAGGAAUUGGAAAACAUGAACACAGAAGAAUUGCUUCAGCAUCGGAGGCUUAAAUUCCGGUCAAUUGGAGGUUUUCAAGAAGGCAUUCCAGUGGAACCUAAACGGAAACGCAACAUGAAACCAUCUGAAGUUAACAUGCCAAAGGCUGCUGACAUAGAGUUGGAGAUUGAGAAUUUGAAAAAGAAGAUCCUGGAAGCAAAGGGACCAUCUGAUCCGAUUACAACCCAAGCAAUUGAGAAGCUCAAGAAAGAUGUAGACAAGGAGAUGACCAAUGCAUUUAUCUCAAUGGGAUUGCAAGAGAAACUCGAAUCAGUGAAGUUGGAAUUAUCAAAAGCCUCAAAAGACACAUCAAGUCAGCCCCUUAAUCGUAAUUUGAAGGAGAAAGUUGAUAAAAUAAUGCAGGAGUUUAACCAUAAUCUGUCGCAGCCAGGGGCGUACCUUGGCUUAAAGCAGAAGCUUGAAAAGCUAAACUUGGUUAGCAGGCUUACCGAGAUAGAGGAAAGAAAACAGAAACUUAAAGCUGAGAUUAAUCAGAAAGUUCCAGCUGAGCUAAAAGAGAAGAUGGAACUUUUGAAGAAUGCCGAAGAAAAGAUAUCCAAAGGAGAACCAGUGGAUAAGGAGUUGAUGGAAGAAGUAGAGGCAGUUAAGAAAGAGCUUGUGGAGGUCCUAAAGUCAGCUAACUUGGAGGUUGUUGGAGUGACCAAGAAAAAUGUGGUCGCUGCACCUUCAGAGUUGAAGGAGAAAAUAGAAAAGGUGAACACAGAGAUUUAUGAGGAAAUUGAGAGAGUAAUAAAUGAAGCUGGUAUUAGUGGAAGAAUAGAGGAGUUGAAGGCUGGUAUAGCAAAAGGCUCAAGUUCAGAAGACAUAGAAAAAGCAGAAGCAAAGAUAAAGGAGGAGAUUCUUGCCACUUUGGAUGUAGAGGCACUAAAAGAAAAGGUCAAGAGUUUGACAGUGGAGUUGGACCUUCCUGAGGAAACUGUUGCAGAAGGUAAUAUUUGUGCUGAAAACGGCAAAUUUCAGUGAGAGAGGGGGUGCUUUGUAAAUUUGUAAUACAGUUUCAUGAUCUUCGAUAUAUGAUAUUAAAUUUUGGUCAAAAGAAAAAUGAACUCUGUCAAA